AUGCGUGCCUUCGCUGUCUCGAUUAUUCGAGGGAGCCGGAUUGAUGUAGAUGAUAAACUAAGCGCCGGAAACGAAAAUGGCGCUUUUGCCGUGAAUCGUCUAGUUUUUUCAGCAUAUUCAGAGAUGGGGAAGGGUAAGAACACACCCAACCAGAAACUUCGCACUAAGGGGAAUGUUAAACCCUCUAGUAGUGAUCGGUCGACCGAAUUCCUUCAGCGCAACGUUUUUUCUGGUGUUGGAGCUACUCCUGCUUUUGGUUUUAUCUACUCCCAGUCGAAUGUACAACCCCCAAUGAGCUCACAUACCUCCGCUGGCGGCUUCUCUAGCCUCCUUCCUCUUGACCAGGAUCCAACCGCAGCUACUCUGGACACGGACUUUCUCGCUGCACUGCGUCGACUGGAGAAGCGUAACAGUGCGACCAAACAGAAGGCCCUCGAUACACUCAUAACCCUCUUACACGAUCAAAACGAGGACGGGGAGUAUGAAAAAUCAGAGGACGUCGUAGUAGCCUCUGUUUUGCCAUUCUGGCCGCGACUAUAUAACAGUCUCACCCAUGAUGAGGAUAGGCGUGUGCGAGAGCUCAGCCAAGUGGUUAUGCAUGCUCUUGCAAAACGUCUUGGCCGCAAGUUGGGUCCCUGUUUAAAGGAGGUCGCCGUGUCAUGGACCUUCGCUACUGUGGAUUCCUAUGAGAACACGGCUAGGGCUGCACAGAUCGGACUAAACAAUACUUUUCCUGGUCAUCGACGGGGUGAACUCUAUCGGACCUAUGCUAAGUACCUACUGGAUGAAUGCGAACGGCGACUUGCCUAUCUGACCGCUGAUCUGCCUGGCUACCUAAAAUUUAAGAAAAGCAUAUGUCUCGAUGACCCUUUACCACCUGAGGCUCAUCAUCAUCUCAACAUCGCCACUCAGUUCCUCUCGUGGGUCACAUCCCUCCUUCCUGAGCUUUGCCAACUACCCGCAGACAGCGUUCAUCUGGCCCAACUGCAGAAUAUUCUCCUGCGCUUAUUACCCAUUGUCUCGCCGAUCCUGGAUAUGGUAAAAUUUGCCCCUCUAAGCACGGCGUACUUUCGUCUCAUCUCUGCAGCGUGCAAGUCUAUGACAGGGUGGUUGAGUGGGCAGGAGGAAUUGCUCGACUUCGUUAUUCUCAAGUGUGUGAAGGAGGUUGAUGCAUUUCCAGAAAAACUCGCGGCCGCAAGUACCUGUUUGGAGGUGUUUGGUGAAAAGGUAUGGAGGAGAGUUUCCUGGCCGGAUUUGGUUGACAACACAAUCAUUCCUGUGAUCGAACAGGUCCAAACGAAAACUCAACGACAGGCUGUCUAUACUAAUCUCCUUCCUCUCGUGAGCCAAUUCCCCCUUGAGCAAAUUGAUGGUGAGGUGGUGAAAUUGAUGGAGCGUUUAGUGGAUGCAUCGCGUCGGGGUUUGGUUCGCUCACUUAACCUCCCUGCUGAUGUAGAUCUUCGGCGAGCGGAUGCGCUGCCAAACCUGCUUGAUCAGGGCUCUUCUGUUGAUUGCCUGGCAGGUCUUUUGGAGCUGUCUCGCUACCUCCUCGACCGUGCCGCUCUUGCUGAUAGUCAAGAACUUAUUGACUUUCUUUUUGAACGAAUUUUUUGCGAUCUCCUCGUCUUCGUGUUUUCCUAUCCGGACUCUAUGAGAAGGUGGAUAUAUCGGGAGCAGUUUUCAGCCUGUCUUUUCAAACAGGCUUGUACUGACAGCACUGGCAUUCCUGAGUCUUGGUGUCAAAAGUGGCUUCGCGAAAUCCUCACUUUUAUUCAACCCACUUUUGGAGAGGCGAAGGACUCUGCUCAACGUUGGCUUUUAACUUUCAGUCUGAUUGGUCAAGUUGACUCUGAUCAGAGCGUGGAAAACCCGUUAAACCUAUUAAUCACUUCUAUCAUUCCCGCCUUCGAUGGCGAAGUCUUCAAGUGGACUGCUUCUAUGAGCAGAGGUCUUGCAAAGUGCUCUCUGGCACCCAUUUCUCCGGAGUCUUGGCUGUCGGCUAGUGAAGAAACGCGUCGAAAUUUUGUGCAGGGUCCCAUCAAACAUCUCAUCGUUGACUCUAGCCGAGAAAAAUUGCCUGUUUUGCAGCCCUUGGUUGACACGUUAACGGCUAAUAUUGACACCGCUCCCAGCAUAAUGCUGGAAUUGGCGAAUGUAAUUUUCUCCGCCUCUUGUUCCUAUGACAAGAUUAGCGAGCACAUGCUUAUGGCGGUUUGCGUGGAAAUCGCCAAGCGUGACCACGUUUCAGAUGAAGUUUAUGAAUUCCUCUCCUCAUUCAUAGCUUUACUUAUUUCCAACUGCAAGCUAAGCCUUACUGGUUCAUCCGAUCUUAUUAACCAGUAUGUGAGGCUAACCUUGGAUGAGCUUUGGUUGUUGAAGCACUCUGAAAAAAUGCUGGCGCAUGUUGGCGGGGAAAUCGUUGCUUAUUUGAAAACUCGAGAGGAUUCCGAGGCUCGUCUAUUCUCGCAACAAAUAUGGAUCAAUGUACUGGCCAAAUUGAAGUCGAAUGGCUGUCCUAGUGAUUCUGCCGCCUUAUUGGCAUUCCUUCGCCAACUGCCUAUAAAUACUGAUGUCUGUCAAGAGGUCUGGCUAAAGCAUAUCGUGUCCGCUAUGUCCCAACUUUCUGAUGAAGUGGAGUUGGGAUGCCAAAAUCUGCCGAUUUUCGUUCGCUCAGAAGUCUUUCCAAUGCAUCUAUUGCCUCAAGUUGCGCCAAUAAUUGUCGCGCUGCAGAUCGGUUUAAAACUCGAUUUGCAUGCCACCUUCACCGCUAGCCUCCCUGCACACAAACAGCUAGCUGAUUUACUACUGAUACUUCACUUUUGGCUUUCAGCAGGCACUGUAGAGCCGUACACUUUGGAUGACUUAUCCCCAAACAUAAUAUUUAUGCCGACCAUUGCCGAGGAACCGCCAUCUACAACCAAUCUACUCAGUUACCUUGAUGCAAUGUGCGGCCAAUUCGCGGAUUCCGUUUACUCCCUUGAGGAGUUCGACACAUCGAACGCCGCUCUUCGUGCAGCGUUGGCCAAGCGUUUGGUGGAUAUCCACCCCCUUCAAUGGCCCCUGUCCAUUCGACAAGCGGCCUCAUGUUCUCCCCCUUCAAGUUGGUUACAGGAGCAGAUUAUUGAAAGCUCUUCGGAAGUAUUUCUUCAUCUCUGUGACGUCUGUCUUCCCGUGGGUGUUCUUGGUCGGUGCCUUCCGAGGAGUGUCGUAAUCGCCCACGUGCUAGAUCUCUCUUCCAAGGAGCCCCUUGAAGGCAACCGGGAGGGUCUGGCUCGUCUGACUGAGCUCAUUGCUUCUCUUUGUUCCACCGCUUUUGUCGGUUGCUCUUACGCCUUCUCUCUUGCAUCGCUCACUCUGGAAGAGACAGUUCGGGAUUCCCUUGUUGAUGUCGAAACCUCCGAAGAGCCGGAACUCCUGCGAGCCGUCAUUGCGUCCAUGAAAACCCUUCAAGUACUUGUCCUUUUGAGACAGCCUGUGGGGCCGAUUGAAGAUCACCCACAUCUCGGUCUUGCUGUACUCUCUCAGCGCUUGAGGCAACUGAAGCCGCGAUUAACUCGAGAGCAGUGGGACUCCCUAUUAUGCCUAACCACCAGUUGGAUCACACAAGCUGUGGUCAGGCCUGUACAACCCAUAGCCUUUUCGGUUCGCGCCUUCCAACUAGUUGCUGCAAUCGGCGCUCUGUUUGUAAAUUCCCUGUGCUCCAGCACAACCGUCACGGGCGCUCUGAUCCGAUGUGACGGAGCAGAAUCCACAUCGGUUGAUCAACUCAUGGACAUGAAUCGGGAGGAGUGGGACGAAACUGACUUCGAUUUCGCAGAGGAUUAUGACUGUGAGGAUGACGGGAAUGUGUCUUCUGUGAAUAUGAGGGUCCUAGAAGAAGCUGAAGAAGACGAUUUUGUGGAUGCGGACACUGAGGAGUUGAGAUUCGAGGAUCCUAAUGCGCAGCGACGUUUGCCGCCACCUGCAUCAGUGCAAAAGGACUGGCGUGAGUUCUUCGCGGUCAACAUAUAUGAUUCAUUGAUUGGCCUCACUGCCGACACGUGCCUUUCUGCCAAUAGUGGUGUUAACGGUCACGUAUCAAAAGAUACUCCUCAACAUCUGUCUGCGCUGUGUGCCGCAGUAGCCACUUGUUCUGUAGAGUCUCUUCUUACCUGUCUCGAGCAACAGCCGGAUAUUGUUGUCACCUAUUUGUUGGAUACUCCUACUCACCAACCUUGCCAUCCUCCCCAGGUGGAAAACAACCUCUUCUCCUCUGAGUGCCUCUUAGCUCCACAAACGCGCAAUAGCAUCGACCUCACCAUUCGUCUUCUCACCUCGUCACCCUACCAAGCCAGCCAACUGCUAGGUCAUGUCCUGCUUACUCGAUUGGUUGCUUCAAGGUCGCUGGAACCGGUUCAGCGAAUGAGUGAUGUUUUGAUUCCUCACCUACCCGUUUCUUGGGUUUCUGCACUCACUGCGCCACUCGCAGAAGACCUAGAAAACAUUCUCUCGGAUGCAGGUACGGCUGUAUCACAGUGGGGCCGUGGGGUUUUCGCUAUAAAGCAACUUCUUGGUGAAGAUGUGCUACGUGGACACCAAAGGCUUCUUGCCUAUCUUCUUGCUUGGGACGCAGUCGUUAGUCUUUUGAGUUCAGCCUCUCAGCAAAGCCGAGCAGGUCUUCAGGCGGCCUUGCUCAAGGAUGAUAUGUGGAUUGGCCAUAUGUGCCGACUAAUCCUGACUCUUGGCCUGCUCCUACCAAAACAGAGUGAAAUCGGGUCCCUCCUCACCGUUCCCUGCCGACUUGAACCAGAUCCUCGUCUCCUGCUCACCUCCUCCGCCCGUACUGCUAUGAGCAGUGCAUCACCCUCAUCCCCACAGAAAGUUGAGUCCGUGUUCGCUCCAGUCGAUCCUCUUGUGCACCUCCCCGGUCAUCGACUCACCGAGGACCUGUCGCAUCUAGCGAUUCGACUGCUACGUCGAUUGUUGUCUGAAUCACCGGCUCUGAUGCGUUCGCUGUACGCGGAGCUGCAGCGUGGCACAACAAUGGGUGAGCGCAUCACGGCCGGCCAGGCGCGCCAAUUGGCCAGUCAUCUAGAGAGGGUUAUACGACGCCAAUUUUCGGCCAACCUGAUCGUUGCUGAGGUGGAAUCCAUCGAACGAAGAGCAAGUGAAUUCAAGCGCCGCUUGGGAACUACGCCUUACCUGGAUGCUGAUCUACCCAGUGCGGGAAGUGUUGAUAUCAAAGGGAGGCCUCUUUCUCGAGAGGUCAUCACUACUUAUCACUUUUCGGCAGACCAGUGCUUAGAGAUGAUCAUUAGCCUACCGGAAAACUUUCCCCUAUCUCCUGUCACCGUUGACACCGGCCAUAAAACUGGCCCUGCUGUGUCAAAUUGGCGGACCUGGAUUGUGCACCUCUCUGUCUUUCUUAACAACCAGAAUGGAUCCAUUCUUGAUGGGAUAGGGCUUUGGCUGCGCAAUAUGAAAAAGAAGUUUGACGGAGUGGAGGACUGCGCCAUCUGCUAUUCCGUCAUCCACGAUCGCAAUUUCUCCUUCCCCAGGCUGCAGUGUCGUAUGUGCAAAAAGCGGUUUCACAACGAGUGCAUGUACCGCUACUUCCAGACCAGUCGCAAUCCCACCUGUCCCCUCUGUCGAAGUCUCUUCUACGCCACUAUCCCCGACCUACCUGGCGACCUCGUUUUGGCUAAAGUGGACCUUGAACACAAAGGUGGAGCAGUUCAGCGUGAGCCUACGUCAAGCUUCCCUCUGGACGCAAGUGGGGCCACAACCUACCGGAGGUCUCCACCGGCGGAUGUCGACCCAACUAGGAUCGCCUUUGGUGUUAACUCAACUAGCGUCGCGCAUGAUAAAAAGGAAGGCAAGUGA